AUGUCAACAAGUCAACCAGAGAUUCAAGACUACCAAAGUCCAAGUAACACAGGUGGGUUUUUGGAUUAUAUAUUCAACAGUACUAAUGCAGUAACAGGGUCAAUAAAAUCCCAUCAUGUAAUUAUAUUUUUCCUUUUAAUUAUCUGUCUAUUGUUGUUCCAUUUCCGUCAUAAGAUAAUUGCACGAAUUGAAAGAUAUAGAACAGAACGUAGAUUCAAUGGAGGAUUUUAUACAAAUUUGGAAUCAUUUCAAGAUGAUAUAGCCAAUGGAUUAACAAGUAACAAUUUCGAUUUAGAAGCUAAUAAUUUAUCUACAGGUGAUAGCAGAUCAGGAUUAUCUAUUGAUGCUAAAUUAGAAAUUAAAAAAAUUAUGGAACAAAAAGGUAUUGGAUUUGAUCAAGCACGUUUGGAAUAUACUAGAAAACAAUUAAAUCAAAACAAUAUAGACGACCAAGGUGUUCCAAAAGAUCCUAAACUUGUUACAUUUUAA